AUGUCGGCAGAACCGACCGAGAAGCUUUCCACUAGCCUCCGCGGCGUCUUCGCCAAUGCAGACAAGCACGAAGACACGUGGGUGCGCACGAGCAAGACGGUCAUCGCCAAGCUCGCGGCGCCGCUGCUGCCGCGAAUGGGCCUGACGGCGGACCGCACGGCGCCGGUGACGCUGCUGGACAACGCGGCGGGCGCGGGCGUCAUGGCGCAGGAGGUGAACAAGACACUGCCACGGAUGACACUACAGGCGGGUUCGAUCCUGGCGACGGACCUUUCGGCGGCGCUGGUCACAAUCAUGCAGGACCGCAUCAAAACGGAGGGCUGGAUCAACACGGAGGCUCGUGUUGCCGACGCGCAGGAUAUCAAGCUGCCGGAUAAUACCUAUACUCAUGUUUCCAUCCUGUUGGGUUUACAUAUUAUUCCUGACCCGGAUGCCGCUGUCAAAGAGGCCAUUCGCGUGCUCAAGCCCGGCGGUGUCUUUGGCGCCACCACGUUCCCCACGCACAAGGAGAACAAGUUCUGGUUCGCCGACGUGCAGACGGCCUUUGCGGCGAUGCCCUUUGACGCACCCUUCCCCGAGACGAUGCCCAUGCAGAUGCACGAUUCGGGCCGCUGGUACGAGCCGUCGUGGGUGGCGACGCACCUGGCCGGCCUGGGGCUGCGGGACGUGAACGUGGCGGUGCAGAGCGACUCGUACUACAUCGAGAGCGCGGACCAGUUCAUCGAAAUGUUCGGCAUGAUGCUGGGGUACGUGACCAAGAUGUUCUGGAGCGAGGAGCAGGUGGCGGCGCGCCCGCCGGAGGAGGUCAGGGAGCUGGUGCGCGGGCACCUGGUGGACAAGUACGAAGGCGGGGGCUGGGAGGUCAAGUGGGAUGUCCUGUACAUGACGGGACGAGCGGAUAAGUAG